AUGGUCUCAGUCCGUACUUCUAGUUUGAUCGCAGCAUCAGUUGCUCUUCUUUCAUCUUAUGUCAAUGCAUACGGUCAAAUCGCCCAAGUAGUUGAUGCAAACAACUUUUGUGUAUUCUUGCCUCCCAACGACUCAAAAGACAGAAUUAUCGCUGAUACAGAAUGGAAUGCUCAAGCUUUCUGUAUUGGUAACACUCCAAAAGCUAAAAACGCUGGCAAGUUGGAUUCCGGUUUCAUUCAAUCAGCACACUAUCUCAAGACUGAUCAAUACGUCCAAGUAACAGGUCAAAUCAAUCCUGCCAAGGCCAGAUUGAUUGCCUCUGAUGAAGGUGGUCAAAUGGAUGUCAGAGCUCCUAUGGGAUCCAGUUGUGCUGGUUGGAAGUAUUAUGUCAAUUUGAUUGAACCCGCUGGCAAUACUUAUUGUAUGCGUUGUUGUAAUGAUGACAGAACCUGUAAUCGUGGUAUCUCCGAGAAGGGUUGUGCUCACAUUAUUCCUGGUGACUACAGUGGUCCUUAUGGCGAUAAUGGAUCUUCGUCAUCUGGCGCUGCUGAUACUACCACAAAGGCUACUACUACCAAGGCCACAACUAAGACUACAGAGAAGGCCACCAAGACUUCUUCUUCUACCGCCAAGAGUGCUCCUACCACUAAGACUAAUGCUGCUGAUACUUCUAAGGCUACCGAAGGCUCCAAUGACUCCAAGGCUACUGAAGGUUCUGGUGCCUCUGAUGCCUCUGAUGCCUCCGGUGCCACCACUGGAAAUGGUUCUUCUGAUAAAGCUUCUUCUGGAACCUCUGGUGAUGAGAGCGCUAAUGCCAAUCGCGGUGCUCAAGAUAUUACUUCCCCUACUACUCCCGCUGCUGCCAAAAACGAACCUGUCCUUGCCACUUCCUCUGCAGGCUCUCCUACCGCUACCACCGCUGAUGGUGCUUCUGGCACCGUUACUCCUCCUACCACUGAGAUGCUGAGCCAAAACGACAAGGUUUCCGAGCAAUCUGUAAACGGAGCUGAUCAUUUCCAGCCCACCCUUAUGACUCUUGCUGCUGUUAUGGUUACCAUGGCCAUGAUGAUGCUUCAAUAA